AACGUGCGCCAUUUUGGAAGCCACACGCCUUCCGCUUUCCCCUUUCGUCCUCCUUCCUCCUCGGCACUCCCCACUCCCCGCCACCAACCAAAGCAAUCAACCCGCGCGCGGCGGCCCCCUCCCCCGAAGGAGAAGAGCGGGUCGGAGGUCCGAGGUCGGAGCUGAGCGCGCCCCCCAUCUUCCGUUCCAUCGGCGAGAGCUUUGUCUGUUUCAGCUUCAUGAGUUCUGGGAAAGCACUGGCAUCCAACGUCCCUUAUUCAACAGUGAACAACAGCAUCAUCUUUCUCUGCCUUUUCGCGGGAUACUUGGGAAUUCCUGGUGGAAGGUUCAGUGGAGGGAGCCUAAUUUAGACACUGUGGUAGAAGCUUGGCCUAAGAGCUUGUAGGCUUUCAAGCUUUUGAAAUGGUUUCUUCUCAGCCAUCCUCUCUGACUGCAAUCCUCACACAGGGCCCCAACCUCUGUCCAGUAAAGAUACUUCUCCCAAUGGGCCCUCCAGAUGUUGUCUCCUCAGAUAACAUCGAGUACGAUUUCUCUGAUGUUUUUGGUUCCACCCCGGUCCAAACACCAACAAACCUUGGUGGUCUUGGUCCAGAUAGUCCUUCACCUACUGUUGAGUCCAAUGAAGAAUUUUAUAGUGAUCCUAUUAUCAUCAUCAACCGAUCCCAUUCUCUUGUUGGUCCAACAUCACUUGUUAGCCGCUCCUUGCGACUUAGCAAGCUUAGUCUAGGAAAAACCGAGGGAUCAUCGGAACUUGUAAAGUGCCUCUCAGAAGAAAAGGAAGGGGACCAAGGGCAGCUCAGUGAUGAAGAGCUUGGUAAUGCUAUGACGGAGGAUGAGGGCGUUGGGCUUGAUGAUUUUGAAAUCUUGAAGCUUGUUGGCCAAGGGGCUUUCGGUAAAGUAUUUCAGGUGAGAAAGAAAAACACCUCAGAGAUAUAUGCAAUGAAAGUUAUGAGGAAGGACAAGAUAUUAGAAAAAAAUCAUUCUGAGUAUAUGAAAGCCGAAAGAGAGAUAUUAACAAAAGUCGACCACCCUUUCAUAGUGCAGCUGAGGUACUCAUUUCAGACGAAAUAUCGACUUUACCUUGUCCUGGACUUCAUAAAUGGGGGACACCUUUUCUUUCAGCUCUACAAGCAAGGAUUAUUUAGGGAGGAGCUUGCACGAAUCUAUACAGCUGAAAUUGUAUCUGCCGUAGCGCAUCUUCAUGCUAAUGGAAUUAUGCAUAGGGAUCUCAAGCCCGAAAACAUCCUUCUGGAUGCUGAAGGCCAUGCCAUGCUCACAGACUUUGGCCUUGCGAAGGAAUUCUGUGAAAAUACCAGAUCAAACUCUAUGUGUGGCACUCUUGAGUACAUGGCCCCAGAAAUUAUUCUUGGCCGGGGACAUGAUAAGGCUGCUGACUGGUGGAGCGUGGGAAUCCUGCUCUUUGAAAUGCUUACAGGCAAGCCCCCAUUUGUUGGGAACAGGGACAAAGUUCAGCAGAAGAUUAUAAAAGAUAAACUGAAGCUUCCUUCAUUUUUGUCUAGUGAAGCUCAUUCCCUCCUGAAAGGCCUCCUGCACAAGGAACCCAACAAGCGGCUGGGCAGCGGCCCUGGAGGCAGCAAUGAGAUAAAGAACCACAAGUGGUUCAAGCCAAUCAAUUGGAGGAAGCUGGAGGCCCGGCAGAUCCAGCCAAGCUUUCGGCCGAACGUCGGUGGGCUUACCUGCAUUGCCAACUUCGACGAGUGCUGGACGAAGACUCCCGUGCUGGACUCUCCGGUGACCACCCCCGCUGGCGGCGGGCACAGCCACUUCGCAGGCUUCACCUACGUCAGGCCUGCGCCGAUCCUUGAGGAGGUGAACGCAUCCAGCUCCAAGGUGAAGGACUAAGGAUGUUUAGCGCAUUGAAAAUGUGCUUAAAAUUUUGAUCGAGUGACAUGUUAUGGAACGCGAGUUAUGUGCAGAAGAGACGCUGGUUCUGUAUCGUCUAUUAAAACAUGUAGCGUUAGCGUGGAAAUACCGGAUAUGGAAAUAUAACUUACCUCCUUCAUCCAUUCCUCCAAAUCAGAUCCAGUGACUUAAAAUAGAUCUAGCCAUGAGACUUGGUUGUUUUUAUAGUAGACAACAGCAUAGUUCACGGUUUCAAAAAAAAAAAAAGACAAUAAUUCACGUCCAUAAUUUGGAUGGACAUGUACAUAGCAGCUUAUCAAAGCACAAUAAAACACAAGUUGCUAUGUAAAUGUGACUUGUAGCUACAUUACAGAUAAAGCAGGCUGAUAUGUACAUGUCCGUUUGAAUUAUAGACCUGAAUUAUUGUCUUUUUUUUCUUUUUGAAACUGUGAACUAUGUUGUUGUCUGCUAUAUCUAUAGCCUUGUUUAGUCCCCAAAUUUAUUUUGCUUUGGGCUACUGUAGCAUGUGCGGUGUGCCGCAAGAUUUGAUGUGACAGAAAAAUUUUAAAAAAAAUAAUUUUUGGGUGAAACUAAACAAGGCCCAAGUCUCAUGUGUUGAAGGGCUGGAUCUGUUUUGAGCUACUGGAUCUGAUUUGAAAGAAUGAAUGGAGGAGGUAAGUUAGGUUGUGACUUGCCGAAGGCAAGUCACUGAAUCCUGGACAAUUAGCUCAGGUUCUAGCUUUUGUACUCGAAAAUAUGUUCAUAAGGUGAAAUUUGGUUAUGGUAAAUGUUAAGGCAGUGUUGGCACUGUUUGGUU